AUGUCCUCUACUCGUGCAGGAUCACAGAAUCAAGGGCAGAAACCUCCAUAUGAUACUGAAGAAGAUUCCUCUGAUAGUGAAUCUGGCGAAGAGUCAUCAAGUAGUGAUGAGGAGGGCGACUCAACCCCAUCAGCUACUGUCACGUUCUGUGGGAGAUCUUCAAUCGUCUACGACCUCCGGAUGUUGUCUCAAAAUGCAAGGGUAAAGGCCCGACAUGGGCUGAGCGGAGAAUUCUCUGUCGAUAAAUGCAGGCCAAUUUAUGGCGGAGGAUAUGAUUUCCAUGUUGUCGACCACGGUCGCGUCUAUGUGGGCGAGGGGCCGAUGACAUGCUCGUGCCCAGAUUUCCGAGGAAACAGCAUUGCAUGCCGACAUAUAUAUUGGCUUGUCGAUCAGCUUCAUCGAUGGGUUCUGCCUAGCAGGCCGUCUACGGGGCUCAAGCUGUCACCAAAAGGAGAAUGCGUUACCUUUGCCCCAAUGCUAGAUCUAAUUGGAGAUGGUAUGGAGGAUAUCUGCCAGAAAGUAAAUUGGACAUACACCCCAACCCCCGGUACUCCUCCUGAUUUGACCCGGUGCAACCCAACAUCUAUGACUCGUCCCGAGAAAGCUAGAGAUCUCCUUUCUGCUUUUAGCGCGGACACUAUGCCUGAGGAAUUCCGCCCUGAGCUCGUGGAAACUAUUAGCCAACCCCGCACUCCCGAGCAGUGUGUUGUUCAAGGUGAUUUUGAAGCGACCAUGUUUCGUCUUGCUGUGCAUGAUGAAAAUGUUUACGCUAGUCUUCGCAAGGUAAUGCCUUCCGGAGCCCGUGCAGCUAUAUUCUUCGAUAAAAUACAACGAAGAAUACGCGCGCUACUAGCUGAUUUCAACCGAUAUCGACAAAAGGGAACACCCAGACAAUCGGACCAUACGGCCCUGGAGGUCGACGUGGUCGCUGAAGAAAUACGGGCUCACCUACGACAAAUACGGAAAAAUAUGUUUUCUCGCAGUCCCCACGGCUUCAAGGGUGCCGCAGAAUCUCUACUCCUCCUCCUCCGUGUAGUCUGUCAAUUCAACUAUGAUGCUUUUGAAACCAGCAGAUGGGACCGCCCUUCCGAAUCCGACGAAACCGCCGAAGACCGAAAUUUAUAUUUCCAGCUUAUUUAUAAUCCUGUUGACACUGACGAUUUUUUUGUCCUCUCAUGCCUGGAGCUGUUACCAGAGGACGUUUUACAACAUAUAACCCCCCAGCUCGAUGCUAUAUUUACUGAAAUGCAGAUGAACUCGGCACCGGUGCCGUAUCUCCGCAAACUCCACAGCAUAAUAGCUGGUGACAUUCCGGCAAAGGCAGCUGUAGGUGUUACCCAUAUACCUGGCGCAGGCGGCCAAAAGCGCCCUUCAACUGCCGCAUCUGUUAGUGACCGAAAGAGAACGAAGUAA